CUCGUCCAAUAGUCCAAUCCAGAGUCCAAUCCUCGUCCGUUGGGCCUUGACGUUUUCAUACUGUACGAUAGCUUAGACUGAAGGACUGAACGUCAUUUCUCAAGUGAACGGCGGUCAGCAAUUGGUUCUAGUUGCUAUUGCAUAUAUUAUAGGGCAUACAGUAGCGUUCUAUUGGGCAGCUCCGACCUCCUCGUGUGCCGUUGUUAGCUAUCGACCGUCAUGCCGAAGCUGAACAUUCUCCCACACAAAAGCUGGCACGUUUACAACGCCGAGAACCGCGAACGGGUCCGUCGAGAUGAGGAAACCGCCCGCGCUGAAGAGGCGAAGAAGCGCGAGCCGGCCCUGCAAGCAGAGAGCGAAGCACGGCUCGGGUUACUCAGGCGACAGGCUAAGAGGCGACGAGAGGGCCUGGGCACCGAGGUGGUAGUGGGUGGUCAUGGAGAGGGGACUGGGCUGGCGGAGGGUGGAGCGGAACCGAAAGGAGGCAACGUUGUGAACGACGCGGGUGAAGGACUCAUCGUUUCCGAAGAGAUGAAGCCAUGGCCGAAACCACAAAGCACCCAGUUCGGAUUAGACGCUGAGAGUGCCGGCCAAACGCACAUCAAUCUCUUCGCCGACGCCGAGGCUGAUCUCAAACACAAAUCGCUGCAGAAGGUGUCGAGACCUACGUCUACGUCCGACUCCAAACGCGACAAAAAGUCAAAAAUUCCUGAACCGGACCAGUUUACUUGGUAUCUUGGGGAAACCCAAGAUGGCAAGAAAGCGGCGCCGUGGUAUGUCUCCCUCGCUGAUAAACCAAUUGGGCCUGCUCCUGAGCUACCACCUGCCGUAAGGAAGAAAUAUGCCGAUAAGGAGAAAAGAGCCGCGAAGGAUGACUCGAGGAAACGAUGGGAAGAUCCACUGAGCGCUGUGAUUAAAGCGACGAAAGGCAGCAAGCGAGACAGCCGUCACGAAGUGAGGAAGCGGCAUGUGGGUGACGAUCGGCGGGACUCAGACAAGCGACAUCAUCGAGAUACGCGAAGCGAACGGGAUGAUGGAGACCGUGACCUUCCCGCCAAAUCACAUUCGAAGAAUGAUACUACAUCGUCCAUCGAGAGACUGCGGGCGGAGCGCCUGCAGCGCGAAGCAGCCGAACGACUGAAAGCGGGACAGCUCCUCAACCCGGGGCUCCAUCGAACGCGCCACGAGAAGGAUUCAUCGUUCUAUCACUCGCAGUUCAAUCCGGGCAUGUCGAGACCGCACGGUCAUGCGGAGCGGUCCGCAGGAGGCGUGAGAUGGAGCGGAGACGUCGAGAUCAAUGGCCGUGAGCGACGACCGGAUGUAGCCCAUGAGAAGCAGCAAGAACAAACGCAAGACCGAGGGAGUAAAGGACGAAGGGAGGCGAGGUAUAAGCCAUAUUGACAUGCUGAGGCUGCUGUCCUGUCCCUUGUGAGGACAUACGAUCACGUACAGCUUGUGUGCAGCGCCCCUGCCAGCCGAGCGCACCACUCUGCCCUGCUUGCCCAUCCGUCUACUAAAGCCCUACCGGACAAUGACUCGAAGUGGCUCUCUGCCACUAC